CUCCGCUGCCUACGACUGCCCGUGCAUACACCCGAACAUCCCAAAGUUUCGCCCGGUCUUUUGCGCAUUGAUGGACACGAGUACUUGGACCUUUUCAAUCCAGUACCUCUGAGGCUGUCUCCAAGCUUUCCUUCGCUGUCACUCUCGCUUGCCGCUGGGUGCAAGCCCCCAACGCCGUCGCAAGAUGGCGACAGCCAUCCCCGUCGAAGAUCAGGGCCGAUUGCUCGAGGAAGCUCUCGGCGUCGUGCGUCAACAGUCGCAGCAGAUGCGCCGAUGCCUUGAAACGCCAGGAAAGCUCAUGGAUGCCCUCAAAUGCGGGUCGACUUUGGUAUCUGAAUUGCGCACGCCUACCCUAGGGCCGAAACAAUACUAUGAGCUCUACAUGGCUGUGUUUGAUGCCCUGCGGUACCUGUCCGACUACCUCCGCGAGUCGCAUCCCGUCAACCACCUUGCCGAUCUCUACGAACUCGUCCAAUAUGCAGGCAACAUAAUUCCCAGAUUGUAUCUCAUGAUUACGGUGGGCACCGUAUACAUGGGAGUCGAGGAUGCGCCGGUCAAGGAGAUCAUGAAGGACAUGAUGGAAAUGAGCCGUGGCGUACAGCAUCCCAUACGGGGUCUCUUCCUGCGAUACUACCUCAUGGGCCAGGCCCGUGACCACUUACCAACUGGCAAAGAAGAGGGACCCCAAGGUAACCUCCAAGAUUCAAUCAACUUCAUCCUUACCAACUUUGUGGAGAUGAAUAAGCUUUGGGUUAGGUGGCAGCACCAGGGCCAUUCAAGAGAAAGGGAGCAAAGAACACAAGAGCGGAGGGAGCUGGAAUUACUCGUUGGAAGCAAUCUGGUGAGAUUGAGCCAGUUGGUCGAUUUGGAGACAUAUAAGUCUACCAUCAUCAGCCCGUUGCUGGAACAGGUAGUCCAAUGUCGUGAUGUCCUGGCCCAGGAAUAUCUACUUGAAGUCAUCACCAAGGUCUUCCCAGAUGAGUACCACCUUCACACUCUGGAUCAGAUGCUCUCGGCUAUCGCAAGGUUAAACCCGCAUGUCGAUAUGAAGAAGAUUGUCAUCGGGUUAAUGGACCGCUUGUCUACGUACGCCCAAAGAGAAUCUGCCGAGUCGGUGUCUGCCGAAGACAAGCGAAAAGCCGAAGAAGAAGCUGCAAUCCGCAUGCUCGAGAAGAUCGAUUUGAACCAAGAUACGAAGUCUGCCGCUCCUGCCGCUCAACCGGAUACACCCACGACGAAUGGCACCGAAGCCAAAUCACCCACAGAGACACAAACGAAUGAAUCCGAACCGGCAACGCCAGUAACGCCAGCAACAAAUGGAGAGAAGGGAACCGGCGUCGGUGAGGUGAGGCUGUUUGAGAUAUUUUACGAACAAGUCAUCAAUCUUGUCAAAACGAGAGGUCUUCCCAUACAAGACACUAUGGCACUCUUGACGUCGCUGGCCAAUCUUGCGCUUAACAUCUAUCCAGAGAGGUUGGAAUACCUCGACCAAAUUCUGGCUUAUGCCCGUGAGAAGGGCGCUGAAUACAUGGACUCUGCCGACCUCCAUUCUGCCGCGACACAAGCCAAUAUGCUCAACCUCCUUUUAGCGCCAAUCAGAACAUAUAUGUCACUUUUCACAGCGCUAGCUCUGCCCAACUAUCUUCCUUUGUAUCAAUCACAAACGUACGCCACGAGGCGGGCUGUUGCCGGCGAGGUGGCCAAGAGCAUCCUGCGGAACCAUGUGCUGAUUACAAGUACACAACAUCUGGAGGGCGUCAUGUCUCUCCUUAAAGUCAUCAUCAAGGAGGGCAUUCAGCAACCGACUGGAUAUCCGGGGCUGAACCGUCCGAGAGGAGGCGAGUCGGACGAGACAGUUGAGGAGCAAGGCUGGCUUGCACGAAUAGUCCAUUUUGUUCAAGGACCAGACAACGAUACCCAGCUCAAGCUCUUACAGCAGAUGCGCAAAGCUUUCGAGGUUGGCAAUGAGCGGAUCAAAUACACGACACCCGCCAUCAUCACUGCCUCGAUGAAGCUCGCGCGGAAGUUCAAAGCCCGGGAGCAUUUUGACGACAACUGGCAAAACCAGUCCUCUGCGCUGUACCGGUUCAUGCAUCAAACCCUUUCUCAGCUAUAUACCCGCGUAAACCCUGGGGCGGCGGAUUUGUGUCUUCGGUUAUUUGUUUCGUGCGGUCAAAUCGCCGACCAAUGUGGCUUCGAGGAAUUUGCAUAUGAGUUCUUUGCACAAGCGUUUACAAUCUACGAGGACAGCAUCAGCGACUCAAGGGCACAAUUCCAGGCUGUUUGCAUUAUCGCUGCUGCGUUGCAGAUGACGAGGGGAUUUGGAAAGGAAAAUUACGACACACUGAUCACGAAGGCCGCGUUGCACGGAAGCAAACUGCUAAAGAAACCAGAUCAAUGUCGGGCAGUGUAUCUCGCCUCCCAUCUGUGGUGGUGCGUUGAAAUCCCUGGGAGAGAGGAGGACUCGAAGAAUUUCUACCGCGACGGCAAGCGGGUGCUGGAAUGCCUCCAACGAGCAUUACGUGUUGCGGAUGCCUGUAUGGACACAGCAGUAUCCGUAGAAUUGUUUGUCGAGAUCCUCAACAGAUACGUGUACUACUUUGAUCAGCAAAAUGAAACGGUCACCACCAAGUACCUCAACGGGCUGAUUGAACUGAUCCAUUCAAACCUGUCGACAACCAACUCCGAGGGGAAUACCCAGGCGCUGGAGAACCCUAAGCGUCAUUUUUUCAGGACGCUUGACUAUAUCAAGACUCGGGAUUACGAGGGUGUUAUCACCGAGGCGAGGCAGUGAUGUGGACGACUGAGGUAGUGGAGAGACAGACUCGAGAACAGUGUCCUCCCUGUUCUCGGCAGAUUGCUAGAAAGCGAGAAUCCUUGAGAGAGAAAGAAUGGCUGGAACAUCUUACAUUGCUCCCACCAGUGCGUACCUGUCUGUUUGUGGUGUCUAUCCCUACGGCGCCAUGUGCCUUACACCAUUGAUACUCCCGAGAUGCUCCUCGAGCAAGUUGUUUCAAAUCGUAUAAUAACACUGGGCAAAAAGGAAGCAGAGGUUCUCUGUGUGUAGAAUGAUCAAAUGGAAAUGUGUGCUGAGCCGA